ACUAGAGAUAGGUUUGCCAAAUUAACUAGCCAAAACCGCCUUUUAAAAUAUUUUUUCAAAAUACUAAGCCGUCCUCUCUUUUUCUCUCUCUUCUGAAACUGUGUGUAGUAGUGUCUGCCCACUCUCCUGCAACCUCAAAACCAGAAACCAAAAAAUGGCGGCAACCGCAACCAGAUCUUCUAGAAAAUCUUCCACCGGACCGGGGAUCCGGUCACUUUCUCCGUCCGGCAGAUUCCACCUUCCUUACUCACAAUCUUCUUCAACUUCUUUCGCCUCGUCCAGUUCCAGUUUUGCUUCUCGCUCUUCCACUUUAUUUUCCGGCCAUCACCAAUACCACAGAUCUGCAUCUCCCACUCGGGUUAACUUGUACGGAAACGCUCCGACUGCUUCCUCUAUCCGUUUCUCCCUUGACCGUCCGAUUUCCCCCAACCGCUCCAUUUCCACCACUAAUCCUUCUCGCGGUCACCAAGUGGUUAGGAAGCCGAGUACUCCCAAGAGGACUUGUAUGUGCUCUCCUACGACGCACCCUGGGUCCUUCCGCUGCAGCCUUCACAAGAAUUCUAACAAUUCACACUCCGUCAAUUACUCUCCUAACACUCGUUUAAACGCGCGCAGAUCGGCGAUGACGAACUCCUUGGUGAGAAUCUGUGGAGUGGAGGGUGACUUGGUCAAGAGAGCUUUAUCGGCUUUGAUUCGGCCAUCUUCUCACCAACAACGGCGACGCGCAGCAUUCCAGCCACGUCCGAGCCGGCUCUCCGUCAUGUGCAAAGCCGGAGAUGUGCAGUAAUCAGGGGGCUUUCUGCGUCUUAUGUACGUACGUGGUUUAUUCGUCGUCUACUACGCAACGUAUCCGUAUGCGUUGCUCCGUUGGGUCGGUAUGUUUUCUCUUCUUUUUAUUUUUUCAGAAUAAUUAAUUUAAAUAUUUGUUAUAUUAUUUGUGUUGUUUUUCUGUAGGGGCAUUGGAAACUAAGUAACCUAGCUUCUCGGAUCAUUGGGAGCUCUUUUGGAGAUCAUUUAGAUUUAUGACCCGAGGCGGAAAAAUAAAAAUAAAAAUUAACAGGUGUUGGGCUGGUGGAUGGAGAUUUGGUCACCCAUGGUUAUAAAAAUACUCCUUGAUUGCCGCUGGUUUCAGCUAAUAGAAGAAAAGGUAAACGACUCUUUUACGGAGCUGAUUAGAGAAAAAAUGAAAAUUAUAUAAUAUUGGAAAGCUUUAAUUGAGAAUAUGGACUGCUUGGUGCCUUGACGGGAGUUGAAAAUCAGGCCAACCAACGGAGCAUUGACGUGAGUUAAAAAGCAAGACCAGCAAAUGGAAGCUGAGAAAUUAAUGAAUGAACAUAUUAAUUAAAAUGUUCUUUUUAUAAAACAUAAAAUAUUUACAGUUUUUACAUG